AUGAGAAAUAUCCUGAUCGUGGUUAUCAAGGUUGUCAACUUUAUUAAAGGUGGAGCCUUAAACAGUCGUCUUUUCAAUUUGCUGUAUAAUGAUAUGGAAUCUGAACAUGAAGCAUUACUUUUUCACACGAACGUACGAUGGCUAUCAAAGGGGAACAUUCUUAGACGGCUUUACGAACUGCGAGAAGAAGUAGUAAUAUUUCUAGAUUUGCAGCAGAAGGCAGAUCUCCAUGAUAAACCCCAGCCUGAAGGCUCUCAGCUAUUUCUAGCUUACCUGGUGGACAUCUUCAAAGCAUUGAAUGCUCUCGACCUUAAACUAUUAACAAGAAAGGAACAUGUAGACACGUUCAUUUGA